CUUGAAUCCUGGGGCAGGAACUCAGAAAACUUCCAGCCCGGGCAGCGCGCGCUUGGUGCAGGACGCAAGAGCAAUCAGCCCGUCCCCCUCCGACUCCCCGGUGCCGCUGCCGCCCGCUCCCGCCACCCGAGGAGGCGCGGUGCCACCCACCGCUCCGUCCCCUGCCCGCGCUCAGUGCCCGACCCGAUCCCGGCAGAAUCUCCCCAUCCUCCCUCUGCUUUCCGACUGCCCAAGGCGCUAUUUGUUUUCUCUCUCUUUCUCUUUCUUGCUCUGCGAGCGCAGAGCGAGGGGGAAGAGGAGGAGGAAUUCUUUCCCCGCCUAACGUUUCAAGGGACACAAUUCACUCCAAGUCUCUUCCCUUUCCAAGCCGCUUCCGAAGUGCUCCCGGUGACCGCAACUUCUGAUCCCAAACUGAGAGGGUAGCCUCCCAACUUGAAACCCUCUUUUCCUUCUCCUUCGCUCUCCGCCUCCUCUCGCUACCUCCACCGUCACCUCCACCUCCGGCACCCACCCACCCUGCCGCCGCCACCAGCAGCGCCUCCUUCUCUCCUCCUCCUCCCCUCUUCUCUCUUGUUGGCAGCCGCUGGACGUCCGGUGUUGAUGGUGGCAGCGGCGGCAGCCUAAGCAGCAGCAGCCCUCGCCGCACGCCAGCUCUCGCCCAACCCGCCUCGUUCUCCAGCCCUACCUCGCAGUCUCCCGAAAGGUGCUGGGCAGAUUCCGGGCGUCAGAGGCGAAGCGGCUGCAGCGGCGGUAGGAGCGGCGGCGGCAGCGGUAGCGGCGGCGGGAGGCAGGAUGAGCGCACGCGGUGAAGGCGCCGGGCAGCCGUCCACUUCAGCCCAGGGACAACCUGCCGCCCCGGCGCCUCAGAAGAGAGGACGCGGCCGACCCAGGAAGCAGCAGCAAGAGCCAACCGGUGAGCCCUCUCCUAAGAGACCAAGGGGAAGACCCAAAGGCAGCAAAAACAAGAGUCCCUCCAAAGCAGCUCAAAAGAAAGCAGAAGCCACUGGAGAAAAACGGCCAAGAGGCAGACCUAGGAAAUGGCCUCAACAAGUUGUUCAGAAGAAGCCUGCUCAGGAGGAGACUGAAGAGACAUCCUCACAAGAGUCUGCGGAAGAGGAUUAGGGGGCGCCAGCAUUCAAUUUCUACCUCAGCAGCAGUUGGAUCUUUUGAAGGGAGAAGACACUGCAGUGACCACUUACUCUCUGUCGCCAUGGUCUUUCCACUUUCAUCUGGGGUUAGGGGGCGGGGCGGGGCGGGGGAGGGCGGGGGUGGGGGGAGAAGUCACGUAACCUUAAAAAGGACUAUAUUAAUCACCUUCUUUGUAAUCCCUUCACGGUCCCAGGUUUAGUGAAAAACUGCUGUAAACACAGGGGACACAGUUUAACAAUGCAACUUUUAAUUACUGUUCUCUUUUUCCUUAACCUACUAAUAGUUUGUGGAUCUGAUAAGCAGGAGUGGGUGGGUGAGAAGAACCUCUGAAUCGGGUUUAGUCAAUCACUGCACUGCAUCCAAACCAGAAACGUGUCACCCGCGUGACGCUGGGCAUUCCGAACGCUAGGAGAGGCGCGGUGGGAAACACUGACUGCCUCAGACACCACCCAACCCGCUCGCAGUAGUGAAGCUUCUGUUUAGAACACCAAAGAUAGGACUAGAUACUACUUCUCUCUUUUUCAUAUAACCUUGUAGACACUUACUUGAUGAUUUUUUUUUAAUUUUUACUUUUAUUUCUAAAUGAGACGAAAUGCUGAUGUAUCCUUUCAUCCAGCUUAACAAACCAGAAAAGGUGAUGUUCACUUUUCAAAAAGGGAAGUAAGCAAACUCAGAUUGCCAACUCCUUUAUUUAUGGAUGCCACCCAUAUCAGCAGGAGUAAUAAAUUUACUCACGGCCCUCAUUUUUUUUUUCAGGAACCCUCAUCCGGGUAGAAUCUACUUCCUACAGAGCCAAAUGCCAUUUAGCAAUAAAUCACACUUGUCAGCCUCAAAGCAUUUUAAGGAACCUAGACAAGUAAAAUUAUCCUCUUUGUAAUUUAAUGAAAAGGUACAACAGAAUAACGCAUGAUGAGCUCACCUGGAUUAUGAGGUGAGAGGGGCGAAAUCCAAAUUUCUUUUGCUAUAGUUGAUACUACAAUUUAAAGAACAACGGCAACAAAAAAGCAGGCUCUCUCUCUCUCUCUCCAUUGUGUAUCAGUUUCUGUGAAAGACCUAAAUACCACUUACCUCAAAUGAAGCUUAUGUGUUACUUCAAGUAACACGUUUUGACAUAGGAUGGUUGGCUGAGGUGCUUUACUUUGAUUUCAGCUCACCAUCUCUUCACUCAAACUGCACUUUUAGCCAGAGAUGCAAUACAACCCCACUGCUCAAUACUACCUCUGAAUAUUACAGUUAAUUUACAGUUUAGUACUUACUACAUGCUGCUAUACACAAGCAAUGCAAGAAAAAGAAAAGUAAUGGGUAGGUGAUGCUAAUCGCCUACAGUUCUUUGUGUACACUUAAUUACAGUUGAAGAAGCAGUCUCCUUACUGUGUUUCAGCAUGGCUAUGUAUUUUUCUAUGGGAUUUUUUUUUAAUUAAGAUUUUACAAAUACUUGUUUCAGCUUCUCUGCUAGAUUCUCCACAUUAACUUGAAUAUUUUUUAACCAAGUCGCUCCUAGGUUCUUAAGGAUAUUUUUCCUCCUUACACUACACGUCACACAAAAUCUGACUGUAAUGUUUAAAUAUCACCCUCCAAGUUUGUACCUCACAUGAAUUGUUUAAGGAAAUGGACUCAUUGACUUGCAAAGACCUACCUCCAGACUUCAAAAGGAAUGAACUUGUUACUUGCAGCAUUCAUUUUUGUCAAUGUUUGAAAUAGUUCAGACUGCAGCUAACCCUCCUCAAAACUAUUUUUGUAAAAGGCUUUUGAUAGAAAGGAACAUGUUUUUACAUACUUUUUUGCAAAUAAAUAAAAUAAAGCCAACCUUCAAAGAAACUUGAAGCUUUGUAGGUGAGAUGCAACAAGCUCAGCUUUUGCAUGAUGCAAUCAAAAAUAUGUGUUUUGAAGAUUAGUUGAAUAUGAGAAAAUGCUUGACAGAUAUUUUCAUGUAUUUUACACAAAUGUGAUUUUUGUAAUAUGUCUCAACCAGAUUUAUUUUGAACGCUUCUUAUGUAGAGUUUUUAUUCCUUUCUCUCCUAGUGAGUGUGCUGACUUUUUAACAUGGUAUUAUCAACUGGGCCAAGAGGUAGCUUCUCAUGACGGCUUGUGUCAGUCUGGCUUUUAGUACUGAUGCCAAAUGAAACUCAAAACCAUCUCUCUUCCAGCCGCUUCAGGGAGGUAGUUUCAAAGGCCACAUACCUCUCUGAGACUGGCAGAUUGCUCACUGUUGUGAAUCACCAAAGGAGCUAUGGAGAGAAUUAAAACUCAACAUUACUGUUAACUGUGCAUUAAAUAAGCAACUAAACAGUGGCUCAUAAGAAGCCCCGUUCCGUAUCUUGGGUUGGGCCUUUUGAAACCUCACUGGCCAGCUCAAAACUAAAGCAGUUGCUCGUGUUGGCCAAACUCGGAGCACCCGGCAGUUUCCAUCUCUGAUGAAAUUACUCUCUUAUUUCCUAUACGUUGUACAAUCAAAACACACUACUACCUCUUAAGCCCCAGUAUACCUCAUUUUUCAUACUGAAAAAAGCUUGUGGCCGAUGGAACAGUAAGAACAUCAUAAAAUUUUUAUAUAUAUAGUUUAUUUUUGUGGGAGAUAAAUUUUAUAGGACUGUUCUUUGCUGUUGUUGGUCUCAGGCUAAGUAAGACUGGACAUUUAACUUUUCUACCAUUUCUGCAAGUUAGGUAUGUGUGCAGGAGAAAAGUAUCAAGACGUUGAACUGCAGUUGACUUUCUCCCUGUUUCUUUGAGCGUCUUCUAACUUUGUUCUUCAUGUAGAGUUGCUGUCUAUGAUUGUACUUUGAAUCGCUUGCUUGUUGAAAGUAUUUCUCUAGUGGAUUAUCACUGUCUGUUCUGCACAAUAAACAUAACAGCCUCUGUGAUCCCCAUGUGUUUUGAUUCCUACUCUUUGUCAUGACUCCAUUAAAUGAGUAAUAAAGUUUGGUCAAAACAG